AUGGGUGCUGUUGGUCCCACAAGAAUUGAAGUUCUACAUCUUUAUAAACAGUUAAUUAAAAAUUCGAGACUAUUCAAUGAUUAUAACUUUAGAGAGUUUUUCCUAAGAAGGUCAAGAGAAUCAUUCAAAGCAAAUAAACAUCUAAAUGAUUCACAGGCAAUUAUAGAUUGCUAUAAUAGGGGAUUAGAAGAUUUGAGUGUUCUAAAGAGACAGUCCAUUAUUUCACAAUUAUAUACUUUUGAUAAGUUAGUGGUGGAACCAUUGAAGGGCUCAAGAUAG